AUGUCUUUCCGUGGCCGUGGCUUCUCUGCCACCGGUGCGAACCGGGGUGGUUUCGGUAACCGUGGUGGUCGCGGAGGUUUCCAGCCAUCGUUCGGCCCCCCAGCCCAAGUCCUGGAGAUGGGUACCGUCAUGCACGCCUGCGAGGGUGAGAUGGUCUGCGAGUCUAUCAACCCCAAGGUUCCCUACUUCAACGCCCCGAUCUACCUGGAGAACAAGACUCCCAUCGGUAAGGUAGAUGAGGUUCUGGGCCCCAUCAACCAGGUCUACUUCACCGUCAAGCCCCAGGACGGCAUUGUCGCUACCUCAUUCAAGCCUGGUGACAAGGUCUUCAUCGGUGGAGACAAGUUGCUGCCUCUUGAGAAGUUCCUCCCCAAGCCCAAGGCCCCUGCUGGUCCCAAGGUCAAGCGCGCUGGUGGUGCCCGUGGCGGUGCUCCCCGUGGUCGCGGUGGAUUCGGCGGUCGUGGCCGUGGUGCCCCCGGUGGUUUCUCCCGUGGUGGCAGCUUCGGUGGCCGCGGCGGUGGUCGUGGUGGUAGCGGCUUCGGUGGCCGUGGUGGUUCCGGUGGCUUCGGUGGCCGCGGUGGCUCCGGUGGCUUCUCUCGUGGCGGUGGCCGCGGUGCUCCCCGUGGUGGCAGCUUCGGUGGCCGCGGUGGUGGUGGUCGCUUCUAA